GACGUGGUCGCGUCGCUUUUCAGCCCAAAAAGGCCAGCUAACAGAAAAGUUGACCGUCUCAACCGACACGAGGCGAAGCUAGAGGAACAGCAUAAAUGGCUCUAAAAAUGAAACUGGACGAUUCCACGUUUUCUGGUAACUGGCCAUUAAAUUUCAAGGAACUCUUAAAUGUAUCACCGUGGAAGUAGAAUAUUAAGUUCGAGUCGUUCGAGAUAAGGAAUGUUUAAUCAAUCUUUACGAACACCGUGUCGAGGAACGCAAUUACCUGUGACGUUAGAGGUGCGCGCAGACUGUUGCAUCGAACGGUGUAUAGAAUAUUAAUCGAGCUAUGAAUAACGAGAAUGAAUCAUAUGUAAAGAUGCAAUCUCUUAAUGACUUUGAACGGUGGAUGUUAUUAAGAUUGACUGGAAGCGUGGAUACAAGCUUUAGUUAAGUCUGAUUAAGGUUAUUAGCUUUGGGUCGAGUCUAAAAGUUGGCCCAGAGACGGUGAACUGAAAGUUAGAUCCAGAAUUCCGAAUCCAGAGGAAUCACAGAGUAUCGAGGGAGGCGAAAGGAGGUCAAUCUAAUUCGUUCUUUAAUAAAAGCGACUUUACACUUUCUCGUGGAAAGAAAAAAAGAGAUCGGAAGAGCUAGGUAUUGGUUACAAGAUGGCGACUUUCACAACACCUCGUACAAUGAGCUCAUUAUUGUACAAGAUCCAAGCAGUGUGUUUCUUGAAAGACUUUUUUUCAUAAGCAAGGAAUUCAUCGAUCGAAUAAAAACAAGAUAAUUCGACGAGAGUCGUCGCGACUCUCCAGCCAAUUGAGAGCGACGUCUGUCCAUAUAUUUAGACCAGCUUGAUGAUUUUUUUACACACUGCCCUCGAGCUCUUCCAUAAGCUCCUCCAAAGAUAUUUCCAAUGACGAGGAGUCGGUUGACUCGUAUUUCCGGCAAAGUCGACGGAAAAUCGCAACACCGCAUACCGGUUCUUUACUCGGCUAACGAGACACGUGCACAAGCCAGAUAGUGUCGCAAAGAUAUGCCUAUUACGGUCGAACGAGCCGAACAUUACGAGUAUGUUAGCAUUAUGACACGCGCGUCGUGUCGCGCUGCUUGCCGAUCAGGUGUAUCUGCGAACGUGUUCACUUUGUUCAUGAUAUUUCCUUCCCCAGAGAUCGGAUUACCAUUGGCAGAGUCGAGUCAUCGAUUCCAUUACUUCCAUGGAAACAGCGUUUCAAUAUUUUGCCAUAUUUCAAUUCUGACCUUCAUGAAUUUGAGCCUAGACCUUGCCAAAAUGGAGCUACAGGUCACUGGUUGCCCUUCCUCUUCAGGAUCCACAAAAGUGUGGACCACCGGGUACAUACCAUAUGUCGACCGUAUGAGAAAACUGGUCGACGGUGAGACGCCUGCAGAUUCUGUGGCCUCCUUAAGCAGCUUCUGCUUCCCUUGCCCCCGACUCUCGCCUAACCAUCCUCGACAGAGUAUGUGUACUCGUUCCCAGAGAGUUGGCGCGGGCUGUCUUAAACCCCACCAUCUCUCUCAGCAAUUAUCUCUCUUUCUCUUCUCGUUCCUUCUUAUUCUUGCCUCUUCUGGCAUUGCUGAGAAAUCGAACAGAAGAAGUUGAACGAUCGGAAACACCAAUCGGUAUAUACGAGGUCCUUCUUUUCAUUCUACAAUAUGAAUUUUUCAACCUGCUACAUUGUCCUUAAUUGUUCCAGGAACCGAUUCCUCUUCUCCAGCAUCCUUGUUUUCACGAAGAAAGCUGAUCCGAGAAAAUCUUACGCAAGAGAAAUUUCACUUCCUUACUGGAUGAAAACCAGUAUUAUACCUACGGUCUUAUACCAGAGGGUCUCAAGUGCAUCUGAAAGAUAAACAUCAAGAUAUUUUCUUCGAACCAAUGAACCGAUAACGAUUCACGGUUAACAGAAGAAUGCGGGACGCUCGGUUGUCCCCUUCCUCCGUGCAGGCAUAUUUUAGAUCGUUAUCCAGUGAAAAGUUUCAGCAGUAUCGUCGUCGUCGUUACCGUAAAUUUCAAGUAUGUUCGACGCCUAGACGCGUUCUCAACUUCUUGUAGCCCUUCGUCCAGGCAAGCGGUCGCUUGCUGCAUGUGGAGGGGAAUAAUUAUGGAGGGGGCACGACUCUCGAGUUUCGUAUUCAGUUUCCAAUGCACCGUCGAACGGAGUACGUCGGUUAGAUUGUCAUUUCUCGUGGAAUUCUUACCUGAAGAAACAGAAAAGUCUGAAUUUUUCAUCGUUCGUUUUCAUUUGUAGGCUUGAAAGAUGAAAGAGUACUACUGUGCGAUGCGUUGACUUCUUCGGAGAAGUACCGAUGAGUUUCAACGAUUCGUUGAUGCUCCGUUUUCUCGAGGAUCGUGCUGUUCAUCAUCAGAUUCGGUGUUUAAGGAUGCGAGCAUACCUCUUCGAGAAGCAUCAAUUGGAAACACGUUCCCAGAGACGUUGGUCACGGCUGGUCGAUGCAACAAGUGGUCGUUGGAGGCUGAGAUCAAAGCUCGCUCACCGAUCCCUGCUAAGUUUUCCGAUCAGAUCCGUAAACACUGUUGAACAGGGCAUCGUAUAGACCUCGAGGAGGAUAAAAAGUGGCUCGAGGUCACGAAUCUUCGAAUUCUUCGGUGGACUCGUGUCACGCGAUGUAGAAAACCAUCAUCCCCUUCGUGUAACUUCAGCUUCUCGUUGUCAUCGUUAAGGGAUCACGAUCUACUACCCUAUAGAGAGGGUAGAAACUCGAAGAUACGUGUUAAACUUGAAAUAUCAAUGUUUUAAUUGGACGUUGUGAAAGUAGUACACGAUACCCGCUCUCGUUACAGAGAACUCUGUAGAAUUUCAUCGUAGAUCUUCGUUCGUACUGGUGUUACGAACUUAAAGCAGUGUCCUUUAAAUUCAAAAACUAUAGCGACACUAUAGUGAUUGUUUCAGAAUUAUUUUGAUUACCCUUCUGGGCUUCGCAAAACAGUUUGGUGCAAUGAUGAUAUUGAAAAUGUACAAAUUAAACGAUGUUACUCAACGUGUCUCAGACUUUAAGCAACGUUGACUGGCGGACAAUCUUUCGUUUAAAAAGAUAAUGAAUUUGUUAUUUCAAUCGAGUGCCUAGUUAAGUGUGAAGAGCGACCAUGAUGAAGUUCAAAUCGCUGUUUCGCAGAGGACAACAAACCCAGCAGCAACAACCGCCGACGCAGUCGCAACAGCAACAGCAGCAGCAACAGAACCCGCUGCGUCAGGCACCCAGCGCCUCCUCGCUGGAGGCUAAAAACGAUAAUCCGUCGGUGGGAAAUUGGAGCUCCCUUGGUAAGGAAGCGAGCAAAGGGAACGCUAAGGGAAAUUGUAACCCCAAGGGACCCGGGAAGGGGUCCAGGAUGCAGGAGCUUGAGCGUGAAAUCGAGGUGUUACGCAAGGAACGAGCCAGGCUCGAGUCGAAUCUACAGGAGGCGUCUUGCGACGCUCAGAAUCUUCAUGAUUUACGUGCCGAGCUUGCCUCUCUCAAGGAGCAGCACAGUUUGGAGUUAGAACGCCUCGCUGAAGAGAACGAAGCUCUUCGUGCAAGAUUGAGGGACGUAGCACAUUCUCCGUUAUCAGAUUCAGAAAAGCAGCAGUUACUCCUGGAUGUAUCUAGACUGCACAAUUCUGCCCCAGCAUCCAUAGCAAUUCCUCAAGAUGAAGGUUCAACACCUGUUGGCACGGUACCCCAGGACAGUGCUCAGUGUACCACCCCGGAUUGGGACAAACACUCCUCCAGCUCUGUAUCAGAAGUUUCUGUUGCAUGUCUGCAGGAUAGAAUAUUGCAAAUGGAAGAAACGCAUUAUUCGACGAACGAAGAAUUACAGGCAACUAUACAAGAAUUGAGCGAUCUACAAGCACAGCUUACAGAACUACAAGCUGAUAACGAAAGGUUAACAGAAGAGAAGGACGUUCUUCUGGAGUCGUUAUGCAGACAGACAGAGAAACUUGAAGAUUCCCGCUCGAAGGUUGAUACGCUGCAAGGUUUACUUUUAAGGGAGGAACAGCCUCAAGAGCCUGCUAAAGGAUACAACACAGAGAGAGAACAAAAAUUAGUUGAUCUUCUGAAAAGCGCGCAAGAGGAACGGGAAUCUUUGUUGCAAAAGCAGGAGGAAUUAACGUUAGAAGUGAAAAGCUUGAGGGCGGCUGCUGAAGUGAGUGCCGCAGAGACGGAACGAUUAACGAAAUGCGUGCAUCUGCUGGAAUCCUCGGUGGAAGCGGCGAAUAUCGAACGAAAGCAGUUGGAUUUAGAGUUGGCGGAGGCCAGGCAGGAGGGUGCGAAUCGGAGCAUAGAGAUUAGUAGGCUAGCCACGUUGUUGGAGAACGCCAGAGCUAAAAUCGAAGAACUGGAACAAUCGCGGCAGGUGGAGAACAAAAGCGAAGCUGACGAACUGUUGGACGCCGCCAGGAGAGAAAAAGAUACUCUGGAGACGCAAGCGGCGGCCUUGCAAGAGCAGUUGGCACGCUCGCAUUGCGAUCAUGAUCGCCUUAGAGAUCAAUACUCGCAACUCCAAGAGGAAUACAAAGUAGCAAGAAAUAAUGCAAAAUCAGCGAUCGACGACUUAGAGUACAGAUUAAAUCAAUUAAAGGACGAACGAUUAUCGGUUAGCACGGAACUUCAACUCGUACGGGACUCGUUGGCGGAAUUACAGGCGCAGUGUCAGAGACAUUUAGAGGAUAAAAGAGAGCUGAAAGCUGCGCUGAACGAAGCUCAACGUAAAGAACGGGAAGCUCAAACGCAUCAGUACGAAUUAGAGCGUGCUUUAGCCGACGAACGUAAACUGAGGCAAGAGGAGAUCGCCGAAUGGGAACAAUUUCAAACGGACUUGCUGAUGACCGUACGAGUUGCGAAUGAUUUUAAAACGGAAGCUCAGAGCGAGUUGGAACGCGUUGUCAUGGAGAAUAAAGCGCAACGGGAUAAACUGAGAUCGCUAGAAGCGCAGCUCGAUAAGUUGAAUAAAGGCAACACCGCAGCUCCUCAGUUUAAGACUUUUGGUAACGCCGCUGGAAAUUCUCGCAAACCUGCGAGUAAUAUUCUGAAACGCGGUCGUACUAUUAUAAAAAGACGGCAAGAGUCCAAGAAAGGUGCGGUAAGAACGAACGUUCUAAAAGCGAUCAAUGAACCAGGUUCCCGUAAAACGGACGACUCAAAGAAACCGAAUUGCACGAUUCCUCGAGAGAACGUAGACUCGGAUAAGGAAUUGUUUUGUUCCAAGGAACCUGAAUUAACAGACAAAUUAAUUUCUGGCGAAGAGGUUGAAUUCUGUACCUCUGAGAAUACUAUAGAGGAUAAUGAAAAAACUGAUGUUUUCGCUUUGGAAUCGAUCAAAGAUACACCUGAAAGAUGUUCACCAAUGGAAUUGGAUAAUACCGAUGGAAAAGUAUCGGGCAGAGAAAUUUGUGAACUGAAAAGAACAAAUUCAAGCGAAUUCAUGAAUGGUACUGAAGAUUAUCCAAAAUUAUACAUCCAAAAUACAUCGGUACCUGAUGAAAGCAUAGCAGCAAAAUCCUUUCUGUUGAAAAACAUCAAAGGCAUUCAGAAUAUGGGACAAAAUUCCUAUGGUAUUAAUAUCUCCAACAGUCGGUUUUUCGUCCCUAAAGAUUAUGUGUAUUCCGGGGUGGAGAAUGCGCUGGACGAUUUGAAAUUCGAAGUGGAUCCAGAGAUGAAGAAGGUGUUGCAAGAAAGUACUCAGGAAAAUGAUAGCGCUGAAAAUUCUCGAUUAAUUACCAUGCAAGAAUCUCAAAAAUCAGAUAAAUCUAAUUUGAAAGAUAAGGAGAAUUCUUCAAGAUUAUGCAAAGAAUCAGAGAACUCUUCGAAAUUCGAAGAUUAUUCGCUUAACAAAAGGCGUAGAUUGUUCUUGAAAAAGAACGAAUCGAGAUCUGGAAGUGAAAUCGUUGAUUCUCUUUUAGAUACUAAUUACAAACAAAACAUUUUUAAUUCCACUUUACAUAACAGAAGUUUCUCUACUUCCUUGGAUGAUCUCAAUUUUCAUAGGAUUACUCAUUCUUCUGAUAAUUUUGACAAUAACACGAAAAAAGGAAGAAACAAAGAGCAAUUAACGAUUGAUAACAUUAGUAAAAGUGCAAUAUCCUAUAAAGAUACGAAUAACAUCCCAUAUUCAAGACCAAAAAGUAUUCAAACUUUGUACAGAAGAUCCGAAGAUUUAGAUCUGUUGAAUGAAGAGCAAGUUAACACAGAAAACACGUGUAUGAUUCCCAGAAGAGAUAAAAAUAGGAAAGGCAUCGGUACAUAUACAGAGAAACACAGUUCAAUUCUGUCUUCCUUGGAGAAUUUACCUAGCUCUGUUACCGAUACUUCGGCAACAGCUGUUACUUCACGAUUAACAUCGAAAGAACCUUUAAAAACUAACGUUCGAACUUUAGAUUCCCUAGCUUCAACUACCUCUUUGUCGAAAACUUCUGAAGAAGAAGCUUUGAAAUUCGAGAACGAUCUACAAGAGACAAGAAAAAAUUUAACACUUUGCGAGGCAAACAGAUUGAAACGUAUGAAGUUCUUGAACAUGGAUUUGUCGCAGUCUGAAUCGGAUACCGAGUACAAGAUAAAGGAUUCUGUUGCCAGUGAACAAAAGAGGUUGCCGAAAAGCGAUAUUUUAAGUAAAAAUUCAGACUGUAAAAUAAAUCAGGACAUUGUUAACGAUUCAACAUCUGCGAGCAAGGAUAGAUCUCUGAUAGGGCGGACAUCAUCCUUGAGAGAGAAAUUUGAAACGAUCAUAGAGGAUGUGGAACUGAGACCAGGACGUCAAAUAGGUACAAUAUGCGACCCGAAUCAGAAAGUGACACAGCAACCCCCUCAGAGGCCAGCGAGCACUCCGACUGAUACUCAACAGUGCGUAUUAACAAGCGUUCAACAAGAAAUCGCAGCACGUCGCAAAGCUAAUAUUUCUCGUCAAGAUUCGAGAUUGUCUGUAAAAUGUUUGAUAGAAAGCAUAGAGAAUGCUACGAAACAAGCAAAAGCAGGACCUGGAAGUCGAAGCAGUUCCACGUCAUCUCUCAAUUCUAUCGGAACGAACGAUAUAAUGACGUUGAAAGCUCCGCUCAGGGAUCAACAGCAAAUCAAUAACCUGAUCUGCACGGCGAACACAACGAAUAACAAUAAAACUCAGGCUACUAUAGCGAGGAAACCUCUAUCGGAAACAAAGUCAACGGUGCCUGUGGUGUUAAGCCCAGGCGAAUUGCUGGACUCGGCCGCUUUAAAUGCCAAGGCGAUCGACUUUGUCCGUCGCAACAGUGUAACAGAUUUAUCAGAACGCAAGGAUCCUUUGUGCGGUUUGAUUAAAAACGGAGGCUCGAAACGGAACGCUUUGCUCAAAUGGUGUCAGAACAAAACUUUAGGCUACCGAAACAUCGAUAUCACGAACUUUAGUAGCUCCUGGAACGACGGUUUAGCGUUGUGCGCUAUCCUUCAUUCCUAUCUGCCGCAUAAAGUACCGUACGAUACGUUAACGCCAGUGGAAAAACGGAGAAACUUCUCGAUUGCUUUCUCAGCUGCCGAAAGCGUCGGGAUACCUACUACCUUGAACAUAGGUGAAAUGUGUCAAUUGGAGCGACCUGAUUGGCAACAAGUCAUGACAUAUGUAACCAGUAUUUACAAACAUUUUGAAACGUAAUUUUUGGUUCGUUGUCUCGUACCGCCGAGGCAGGUCCCUCAACAAUGAGAAUGUUCUUCGCGAGGAUAAAUAAGAACAAGAUCCAUCUAGUCAACCAAAUUCUAUAGGGAGAAAAUUGAAUACGGACUUUUUUCAAUUUCCAACGAUCGCUGGAUUAUCAACCACUCUAUGCCUAUGCUGUAUAAUGAUCACGAGUGAAUUUGAUGGAACACUAAACACCAAAUGGAAUUGCUUUUAUUAUGAGACUGAAUGUUUAAUUGUAUAUUCAUAUAUAAUAUAUAUAUUAUAUAUAUACGUUAAGAACCGAGACAAAGAAAUUAGAGGCAGGGAUUUAAAUACCAGAGACGCGCUUCUUCUUUGUACACGAAGAGAGGAAAAAGAAAAAAGAAAAAAAGAGGAGCAGACGCAAGCUUUAUCGAGUCUUCUGUGCGUGAAAAUAUUGUAUGUUUCAGUGCCUCCAUUGGCAAUGCCAACGAUUCUAGCAUGCAAGAGAAUUUUUGUGAUCAUCUUCUUGCAUUUUUCUAACUAAAAAGUUUCGAAUAAUAUUUUCGUUCCUCGUAUCGUAUUUUUGUACUUGUAUUAUUUUUCGAGAAACUUUUGUAAAGUUUUUACGAACGAUGUACAGAACAAAGCGCCUUAAUUUAAAAGACCUAAUUUAUUGUAUUUAGUCACGUUUAGUAUACUACGAAGCCGAGCAGCAAAAUACUAGGAAGAGGGGAACUAAAGAGAGUAAGAGAACGUUGUUUAAGUUCUAAUUCUGGAGCUAGUAAGGAACGGAUGAAUAUAAGGAUUAAGUUCUCUGUGAUAUAGCGAGAUAGCCCCAAAACAGAGAUAAAAACGUUAUCGUUAUUGCUCUUAUUAUUAUAAUUAUUAUUAUUACUUAUCACUACUAUUACUAUUAUUAAUAUCAUCCUCACUGUCAUUGUUGUACCAUUGUAGACGAUAUGCUGUCUGACAUAAAACAAUAAACUUGCCUAAUGAUUAUUUAAAAA